CACCGAGGAGACGACUCGGCCCUGGUCUGGAGGGGUCGUCUGCUUGAGAUUGGGGAUAUCGAAGCACAGAUUCGAGAAAUUCAAGGCAAGAAGGCAGCUCUUGAUGAAGCUCAAGGAGUGGGCCUUGAUUCUACAGGUUAUUAUGACCAGGAAAUAUAUGGUGGAAGUGACAGCAGAUUUGCUGGGUAUGUGACAUCAAUUGCUGCAACUGAACUUGAAGAUGAUGACGAUGACUACUCAUCAUCUACAAGUUUGCUUGGUCAGAAGAAGCCAGGAUAUCAUGCCCCUGUGGCAUUGCUUAAUGAUAUACCACAGUCAACGGAACAGUAUGAUCCAUUUGCUGAGCACCGACCUCCAAAGAUUGCUGACCGGGAAGAUGAAUACAAAAAGCACAGGCGGACCAUGAUAAUUUCCCCAGAGCGUCUUGAUCCUUUUGCAGAUGGAGGGAAGACCCCUGAUCCUAAAAUGCAUGCUAGAACGUAUAUGGAUGUAAUGCGCGAGCAGCAUUUGACUAAAGAAGAGAGAGAAAUUAGGCAACAACUAGCAGAAAAAGCUAAAGCUGGAGAACUGAAAGUCGUCAAUGGAGCAGCAGCGUCCCAGCCUCCCUCAAAACGAAAACGCCGUUGGGAUCAAACAGCUGAUCAGACUCCUGGUGCCACUCCCAAGAAGCUGUCAAGUUGGGAUCAAGCAGAGACCCCUGGACAUACCCCUUCCUUAAGAUGGGAUGAGACACCAGGUCGUGCAAAGGGAAGUGAGACUCCUGGAGCAACCCCAGGCUCAAAAAUAUGGGAUCCUACACCAAGUCACACACCAGCGGGAGCUGCUACUCCUGGACGCGGUGACACACCAGGCCAUGCAACACCAGGCCACGGAGGCGCAACUUCUAGUGCUCGUAAAAACCGCUGGGAUGAGACCCCCAAGACAGAAAGAGAUACUCCUGGGCAUGGAAGUGGAUGGGCUGAGACGCCUCGAACAGAUCGAGGUGGAGAUUCAAUUGGUGAAACACCCACUCCUGGAGCCAGUAAAAGGAAAUCACGUUGGGAUGAAACACCAGCUAGUCAGAUGGGUGGAAGCACUCCUGUUCUGACCCCUGGGAAAACACCAAUUGGCACACCAGCCAUGAACAUGGCUACCCCUACUCCAGGUCACAUAAUGAGUAUGACUCCUGAACAGCUUCAGGCUUGGCGUUGGGAGAGAGAAAUUGAUGAGAGAAAUCGCCCACUUUCUGAUGAAGAAUUAGAUGCUAUGUUUCCAGAAGGAUAUAAGGUACUUCCUCCUCCAGCUGGUUAUGUUCCUAUUCGAACUCCAGCUCGAAAGCUCACGGCCACUCCAACACCUUUGGGUGGUAUGACGGGUUUCCACAUGCAAACUGAAGACAGAACUAUGAAAAGUGUCAACGACCAACCAUCUGGAAAUCUUCCCUUUUUAAAACCUGAUGAUAUUCAGUACUUUGAUAAACUUUUGGUGGAUGUUGAUGAAUCAAUACUUAGUCCAGAAGAGCAAAAAGAGAGAAAAAUAAUGAAAUUGCUUUUAAAAAUUAAGAAUGGUACACCUCCAAUGAGAAAGGCUGCAUUGCGUCAGAUUACUGAUAAAGCUCGUGAAUUUGGAGCUGGUCCUUUGUUUAAUCAGAUCCUUCCUCUACUGAUGUCUCCUACACUUGAGGAUCAAGAACGUCAUUUGCUUGUCAAAGUUAUUGAUAGAAUAUUAUACAAACUUGAUGACUUAGUUCGACCAUAUGUGCAUAAGAUCCUUGUGGUCAUUGAACCAUUGCUGAUUGAUGAAGAUUACUAUGCUAGAGUGGAAGGCCGAGAGAUUAUUUCUAAUUUGGCAAAGGCUGCUGGUCUGGCUACUAUGAUCUCUACCAUGAGACCCGAUAUAGAUAAUAUGGAUGAAUAUGUUCGUAACACAACAGCUAGAGCUUUUGCUGUUGUAGCUUCUGCCCUGGGCAUUCCUUCACUAUUGCCCUUCUUAAAAGCUGUGUGCAAAAGCAAGAAGUCCUGGCAAGCGAGACACACUGGUAUUAAGAUUGUACAGCAGAUAGCUAUUCUUAUGGGCUGUGCCAUCUUGCCACAUCUGAGAAGUUUAGUUGAAAUCAUUGAACACGGUCUUGUGGAUGAGCAGCAGAAAGUUCGGACCAUUAGUGCGUUGGCCAUUGCUGCCUUGGCUGAAGCAGCAACUCCUUAUGGUAUCGAAUCUUUUGAUUCUGUGUUGAAGCCUCUGUGGAAGGGUAUCCGCCAACACAGAGGAAAGGGUCUGGCUGCCUUCUUAAAGGCUAUUGGGUAUCUUAUUCCUCUCAUGGAUGCAGAAUAUGCCAACUACUAUACUAGAGAAGUGAUGUUAAUCCUUAUUCGAGAAUUCCAAUCUCCUGAUGAAGAAAUGAAGAAAAUUGUGCUGAAGGUGGUAAAGCAGUGCUGUGGAACAGAUGGUGUAGAAGCAAACUACAUUAAAACAGAGAUUCUUCCUCCCUUUUUUAAACAUUUCUGGCAACACAGAAUGGCUUUAGAUAGAAGAAAUUAUCGACAGUUAGUUGAUACUACUGUGGAGUUGGCUAACAAAGUAGGAGCAGCAGAAAUUAUAUCCAGGAUCGUGGAUGAUCUGAAAGAUGAAGCUGAACAGUACAGAAAAAUGGUGAUGGAAACAAUUGAGAAGAUUAUGGGCAACUCGGGAGCAGCAGAUAUUGAUCACAAACUUGAAGAACAACUGAUUGAUGGCAUUCUUUAUGCUUUUCAAGAACAGACUACAGAGGACUCAGUAAUGUUGAACGGAUUUGGCACAGUGGUCAAUGCACUUGGCAAACGGGUGAAACCUUACUUGCCUCAGAUCUGUGGUACAGUUUUGUGGCGUUUAAACAACAAAUCCGCAAAAGUUAGGCAACAGGCAGCUGACUUGAUCUCUCGAACUGCUGUUGUUAUGAAGACUUGCCAAGAGGAAAAAUUGAUGGGGCACUUGGGUGUUGUUUUGUAUGAGUAUUUGGGUGAAGAGUACCCUGAAGUAUUGGGAAGCAUUCUUGGAGCACUGAAGGCCAUUGUGAAUGUAAUAGGUAUGCAUAAGAUGACUCCACCAAUUAAAGAUCUGCUGCCUAGACUCACUCCCAUCUUAAAGAACAGGCAUGAAAAAGUACAAGAGAAUUGUAUUGAUCUUGUUGGGCGUAUUGCUGACAGGGGAGCUGAAUAUGUGUCAGCAAGGGAGUGGAUGAGGAUUUGCUUUGAGCUUUUGGAGCUCUUAAAAGCUCACAAAAAAGCUAUUCGUAGAGCCACAGUCAACACAUUUGGUUAUAUUGCAAAGGCCAUCGGCCCUCAUGAUGUGUUGGCUACACUUUUAAACAACCUCAAAGUUCAGGAAAGGCAGAACAGAGUGUGUACCACUGUAGCAAUAGCUAUUGUCGCUGAAACAUGUUCACCCUUCACAGUGCUCCCUGCCUUAAUGAACGAAUACAGAGUUCCUGAACUCAAUGUUCAAAACGGAGUGUUAAAGUCCCUUUCCUUCUUGUUCGAAUAUAUCGGUGAAAUGGGCAAGGACUACAUUUGUGCUGUCACACCAUUACUGGAAGAUGCUUUAAUGGAUAGGGACCUUGUACACAGACAGACAGCUAGUGCGGUGGUGCAACACAUGUCACUGGGGGUUUAUGGAUUUGGUUGUGAAGAUUCGCUGAAUCACUUGUUGAACUAUGUAUGGCCCAAUGUGUUUGAGACAUCUCCCCAUGUAAUUCAGGCAGUUAUGGGAGCCCUGGAGGGCUUGAGAGUUGCUAUUGGACCAUGUAGAAUGUUGCAGUAUUGUUUACAGGGUUUGUUUCACCCAGCCCGUAAGGUCAGAGAUGUGUAUUGGAAAAUUUACAACUCCAUCUACAUUGGUUCACAGGAUGCUCUCAUAGCACAUUACCCAAGAAUCUAUAAUGAUGAUAAGAACACCUAUAUUCGUUAUGAACUUGACUAUAUCUUAUAAUUUUGUUGUUUAUUUUGUGUUUAAUGCACAGCUACUUCACACCUUAUACUUGCUUCGACUUGGUGAUGUACACUUUUAAACAUUGCAGAUGAGCAUAAAACUGGUCAUAGAGGAAGAGCUAGAAAUCCAGUAGCAUGAUUUUUAAAUAACUUGUCUUUGUUGUUGAUGUUAAACAAAUGCCAGUAGUAGUGACCAAGAACACAGGGACUACACACACUAUACUGGAGGGGUUUCAUUUUUAAUUCAUCUUUAUGAAGAUUUAGAAUUCAUUCCUUGUGUUUAAAGGGAAUGUUUGAGAAAUAAAACAUUUGUGUACAAAAUGCUAACUUGUGUGUGUUUUUUGAACAUGACUUGUAAAAUGCAGGAACUUUGAUAAAGUAUUGGUUUGUGUAGAAUAAAUGGCUUAAUUUCAUUUUCUGUCACCUGGUUUAUAGAAAGUAGCAGAAUAUAAACUAUAUAAAGUGAUAUGGCGUCUUUGUCCAAUGUUAUUGUUCUGUUGAUAAUGACAGUGAGAAGAGUAGCUUUUGGGGUGUUCAUCUCAAAUUAGCACAACUGUCCCAUCACCAUAGAAAAUAUAUCACCUUUGCUGAACUGUCUUGAAUAUUAUUAUUUUGCACUUACAUAGCGCCUUUCAUCUCUUGAAUUCUCAAAAUGCUUUAUGAACACGUUUAAGGAAAGUGAUUCAAGUCAUGUCCAGCUGUUGAUGAGUGUGCAUUUAGGAAGUGGAGAAGGUAUCUUUUUAAGACUGUUUUCUACCUAUUGGGAGUGAGGCUACCUAAGGAAUGCUACUAGAAUAAGCCAGUCUUCGGGCUCUUUUCCAUGUCAUAAGCCACUAAACAAUGUGUUCAAUAAAUACCUGCUGAGCACCUACUGUGUACCAGCCACUGUGCUUAGUGUACGGGAUGCAAAGGUGCCUUUGACCUGCCCCUGGCCCUUAAUGCAGUAUAAUGGGGAAGGUGCGAGACAUCUCGGUACAUGUUAUGUAUUCCGUGCUAUGAUGCACCAUUGCAGCAGCUGAAAUGUCUGCUUAGUUUUGCAUUUAGUAAUUAGAUAAAUUGGUGUAUAGGGGUCAAGCAUAAACUGAAAUGCCAUUAAGUUCUAGAGGAACCAAGCAUUUAGGCAAUAAUUAGUGUUAUUUGGCAAGUACUUUAAGUAUAUUUUUAGCUUUUCCUAAUUUCCUGGCUUUUGUCCUUUUCUACCUAUGGCUGUUUUGUUUUGUCUCCCUAUGCUAGCCCUUCUGUGAACUCUUAAGGGGACCUAAGAUUCUGCAGCAGCACAUGCGUGGGAGACUGCCACUGUAAGUAAAAUCGCACGGGGACUAGGAGGUUUGUUCCUUGACCUGCUAACACCCAGGACCCCUGUUUUGAAGGUUACAUGAGAAACAGUUUGUAAUUGGCUGACUUACAAAAUCAAUAUUGAGCAUUAGUUGACUCUCCAGGAAGAACUUGUAACUUCUUAUGUUCCUUGUAUAAAAUAACUUUGUGACAACAGGUCAGUAUGUACUAAAACACGAUUUCCAAAGUCAUUUUUCUAAAGUUUUUGCAACUUUAAAUCUUGCUGUUCUCUAUAGUUUCUGACAGAUGGCCUUCAGUAAUUAGUAAUCAUGAAAAUGAACACAAUUAGAUUUCAAAGCCAAAAUUUGAUUUUAAAUCAGUCUCGGGGGAAUUUAGUUAUAUUUUUCACUUUAAGUACUUGUAUAACUUCAGUUUGCUUGGGCCCAUGUUUUUAUGGAAACUCAAUGCUUUGCAGACAGAGGCACUGUGGAGCAAAAGAGACUACUAGCCACCUUAAGUGACUUUUUACUGAUGCAAAUAGUUUGAGGACAGAGAUGAAGGAAAUACUGAAGGCUCCGACCUUCAUAGUUGGGACCAAAUAGAGGCUCACAGAUAUUUGCAUUAUUUUAUAUGCUUGUUGAAUAAUGAAAGCAUUUUGUGACAUGUGAAAGACGCUAUGUGAAGUUUAACUAUCUUUCAAAAACUUCCUUUUGCACUUUCUUUUGGUGUUUCUUAAAGCCAAACUUAAACAGGAAGAAAUUAAUGUUCUUAAGGGAACAGUGGGUGGGUCUUUCUGGGGGCUCUUGUUGGUUUUUCUGUAAGCCCUCUUAUGGAAUUGAUCUCUUUGGCUGUUCAAUUUUUUUCAUAUUGUAUUUUUAAAAUUUGUUGUAUGGUGCCAUGUGAGCAUCACGUACCACCAAAUGAAUAAAACUUAUAUCUAAAGUCUUUAGACCA